AUGUCAUAUGCAACUCAGACCAACAUCACUGCUGAACUGCAGUAUCGAGGAACACUGGAAAUUGUGUUGUUUUCUGCUCCAGUUAUGGUUCCAUGCUGUGUGUUUCUCUUCAUUAAUGGGACCAUGUUAUUCACCCUGAGGAGUAAACCAGUGUUUCGUGAAACUUCCCGUUACAUUCUGCUGUAUAACCUCCUGUUUGCUGACACUGUGCAAAUAGCACUAAGCCAGUUAAUGUAUAUACUGGCUGCCUGUAGAAUAAUGCUAACGUAUCCUGUGUGUGGUGUUCUCACCAUGAUCGCUAAUCUCACAACUGUGAUCUCUCCUCUGACUCUGGUGGUGAUGUCUCUGGAGAGAUAUGUAGCUGUGUGCUACCCACUGAGGCACGCUACCAUCAUCACCAUCAGAAACACAGGGGUGGCUAUCACUGUGGUUUGGGCCUUCAGUUCACUAAAUGUCCUCACUCGAGUUCUUCUGUUGUUAAAUUUUCCGUUUGAAGAGCUGCAGAGCCUGCAGAUGAAGGACUUCUGCUCUGACACAGCCAUGAUGCUCGGGCCAGGGUCUGCUCAUUAUGAUAAAGCCUACACUUGUUUUCUGUUUCUGUCAGCUGCUGUCGCACUCAGUUGCUCCUACAUUGGUGUGAUGGUAGCAGCCAGGUCAGCCUCCACAGACAAAGCUUCGGCCCGUAAGACUCAUAACACACUGCUGCUGCACCUGCUGCAGCUGGGCCUCAGUCUCUCUUCAACUGUUUACAACCCCUUGGUUUUCGCCAUCUCAGAAAUCCUUGACAGAAUAGCAAUUCUGCGCAUCGUGAAUAUUCUUUAUGUGUGUUUUAUCCUUUCGCCCAGAUGUUUGAGUUCCCUCAUCUAUGGCAUCAGAGACCAGACCAUCAGACCCAUCCUCAUGUACCAUCUCUGCUGUCGAAUGAAGCUGUCGAUCAUCCCGACCAAGGGUGAGGCCUCAUUCUAG